AUGACUUGUAGGGAUGCCCUUUCUUCUCGGAGGCGGAUCAACACCACCGACGUGGCUGACACGCGGGGUUGGGCGACUGCCAGAGCCCUUUUCGACGCAGAGUUUGUUGACGCAGCCGCGUGGUGUCACAUUGGACAAAGUGUUAUGGCACCAGACAUUUCACACACCGCCGCCUCCUCUUACCCUCCCCUCUCCUCGCCCCACCCUCCUCAUGGAUUCAAAGUGGAACAACGUGACUGCAAAAGAUUCCUGUCGCGGGCUUUUGGGGUGGCGCAGACCUGCACGAAUCAGGCAUGA